AUGCCUAUUUCGAUCAAGGACGGCUUCGUUGCGAUCGCCGCCGACGAAAAUACACCUCGGGCGAAGACUUGGUUUGCCAAGAAGGUGUCCGCUGACAACAGGACGUGGGUUCUCUGCGAUCGGCUCGACUCUGGGUUUCGCCACUUCUGUUCUAAUGGCUUCGACAUGCUCGACGAGAUGCAUCGGAAGCGCUCUGAGAAGUGCGACCCCCUCAUCGCUGCUGUUCAGGAGCCAGCGGAAGAUGCUGAAGCCGCCCCCCCAGCUGCCAAGGUUGCCAAGAAGGAUGCCUUGGACAUGAUCGCGGGCUACGUCUCCAUCACCGUGACAGACGAGUGGGGGUUGGACUACACGAUGAACGUCAGGUCGGCGGCAAUGCGCCGCUCGCACUUGCAUAUCGAGUUGCCCCCCGAGAACUUGGCUGCCUUGACGAUGAAGCCUCAGGAUGUCCAGGGCCCGAGCGAAUGGGAGCCCACGCUCGCUGACGGCCUUGUGACGUGGCUCGGCUACCGCCACGCGCUCUCGGUUCCCUACUUCGAUGCUGACAAAGCCAAAUGGCUUAACAAAUCGAUGAAGGUACCUACCUUGGCCGACGAGGCGGCGAUGCAGUCCGCGGCAGAGAAAGUGGCUGCCGCGCUGCUCGAGUGGAGGCAUCAGCACCGCACUGAGCCUCCCAAGGAGUAG